CCACCAGAAAGUUGGGAUUAGGGUUAGGGUUUAAGGUCCUUUCCACUUGAAAAUAUUCUGUGAAAGUUUGCAGGCAGAAGGAAGCUGAUGUCCUGCAGUUUGUCUCUGGCCUCACUUGGAUCUGCUGCACAGAAAGACCAGCUGCAGCCCACAGUGGCCAGGAGCAACCAGAAGAAUUUCACAGCUCUGGCUCCCAGAUCACAGCUUGGCACUACAGUGUGGCUGACUGCUGCAAUAGUCCCGAGGACAUCUGACUGCCUGCAUUUCCCAUUGCCCAGGAGGAACAGGAGACACUGCAAAGUUCUUACUCUGAAAUGGAAUGCUGAAACUCUCCUGCUGAAGAACACCAGAAUGAUUCUUCAGAAUUCUGCCUGAGAGCACCAAGAAUUUUGAUCCUUUCAACAUUUUAUCCAGGAACAAAGUUCAAAUCUAAUAGAAGCUCCAUCUCAGACCAUUAGAACAAACACAGAUGACUACAGAUGCUCUGGCUCUGCUCUUACCUUUACAAGCUCUGCAACCUCAGCUGAAUCCAGGAGAGAAGAAAUGGACAAGGUGGGCAUCAGAGUCUUCCUGAGGCUGCUCUGGCUCAGGGUCCAAGCCAUCUCCUGAUGGGAUGCAGGACCAGAGGCAGCAAAGGAGCUUCUGCUUCGCCCCAGUGCUGUAGAAUGGCAGUCAGAGCCAACCUGUUCCUCCAGAUCUUGUCUCUGUGUGGCAGGCAGGGACACCAUCAAAAUCAGGGAUCCUCAGGGGGACCAAGGGUUUCUGCUUGUCUGGGACUAGGCUGCAGGGAGCAUUUCUGCAACCACAGCAGCACUGCUCCUAGCCUGAAGCCCCACUGAAUGUUACUACUUUGCAGAAGGAUGCCUUGCAUCCUAAUUCCUUGUGUACAGAUAACAAAAUGAAAUGUGAAAGAGAGGAAUAACCUUUUGUUGGGGCUGGACUCCUGCACACAGAGGUGCUGCAGAUGGUGAGCUGAGAAGCUGGGAUUUGGACAGGGCAUUAAGAAUGGCUUCUGAAAGCUCCGUAUGGACUAGAGUGUUAUCUCACACCUUUUACACCAGUACAACCACACUGGCCAUGAAAGACUUGGGGGUCACUUGCUGCUAGUGGCACAGCUAUGAGAAGUAGGGGAUUUGCUGCUGAGGGAAGCCACCCCUAGAAAACGUCUCUUGAAAGCAACUGAGAGGGUCAGGAUAGGGGUGGUGUCCUGACAUCUGCUGUCUUGGACACCUGCCAUGGUCAGGGCUGGCCCUGCUCCUUUAACUGCAGGAAGGAGGAGUGACAUGUUCAGGUCCAGCUGCUAGUAUGGUGAUGUGAGAGGUCUGAGAGUCAUGGCUCUUGAAGCUGGUCUGCUCUUUUUUUGGUCCAAAUCAAUCCAGUUGCAUUCUUUUGCACCAAAAUUUGGGGAGGAUGAAGUGGCUGAAAUGACGUGUGGCUGUAGAUGCCUGCCCAGGGGAAGGGAUGCACCCUGCAGGAUGGGCAGUUUCUGCUCAGCCUGGAGGUCUGCCUGGUUGGGAACCAGCAACCUGCACCAAUUUCUCUUGCUGUGCUGUAAAGCAGAGCAGGAACUUCUCCAUAUGAACUCUUUGUUCCCAGCUCAGCAACGCUAUGGUCGGGGAGUGUGGUGUUGGGGGAGCGUUAAUUCAGUACUAACUGAAAUAAUCCUUCUGGAGGUUUCUGGAGCAGUAGCUCGCUCUUUGUUCCCACAAGCCUUUGACUUUCUGCUGCUGGGAAUGGGAGGAGGGGUCCCUUGACACCACGUGUCUAAGUAGUAGCGGGGCCCUUCGCAAUUUUCUCUGCUCCUGACACCUGGGACAGUGCUGACGUGGACCAUCCUUCCGGGUGUAGGGAGCCGUCCUUCCAGCAGUUUUGCCCGCUGUGGGCUGCAGCAGCCCGCUGGGGAUGGGCAGGGAGAGGGGGGGGGAGACCAACAGGAUGGAAGCGUUCCCACUGAAGUUUUAGAGGCUUUGAACCCGACACCGGGGGGGUUCCCUGCGGGCUCAGCAGGAACCUGCACGGCCAAGACAUCGCUCGUGCCCUCUUUCCUGAGCUGCGGAGAUGUCGCAGAGCCGGGCUCUGUGCGGCCGGCUGAGAGCAGAGCUGCCCCGACGGCGGCCGGAGCAGGUCGGGGACUUUGUUCGGAGAGCUCCGCGGGAACCGGGGAGGCAGAAAGAGCCCCUGGGGGUAGCUCUGCAUCCCUCGAUCCAUGCUGGAACCGGAGGCAAAUCCGCCCUUAAGGGAAGGAUUUGCAGCUUCGCCGCUGUGCGGUCGUUUGUUACCCGGCGGGGCGGGAGAGCCGAGCUACGAGAGGAGCUUCGGCACCGGGGCCGUGGGGAGGGCGGUGCACAGCCAGGACCCCUCACCGCCCCCUAUGGGGGCUUUGAAGCUCGGGGAGGAGAGAACGGAUGAGUAGAGUCGAGGAUGGGAUAAGCAGCGGUUUGGGGAGAAAAACCCUCCGGAGAACGGGCCGGGGGGAGGAACGCAACCGAGGGGAGCAUCGCAGGUGUCUGGCCGGCCCCGGGCAGAGCGGAGCAUCCCCGGCCGCGGCCCUCCUCCCCCCCGGGCCGGGCAGAGACCCACCCCCGGCGGCGUGGGGCGAGGGGGGCGCCCCCGCCUUGACGUCAGGAGAAGGGUUUAAAAAGGCGACGGGAGCCGAGGAGAUCCCCAACGCCGGAGCCGAGCCGCAGCGGAGCCGUCAGCUCUUCCCCGCCGCCUCCUGCCCGAGCCCGACCCGCCGGCGAGAUGCUGUCGUGCCGCCUGCAGUGCGCCCUGGCCCUUCUCUCCAUCGCCCUGGCCGUCGGCACCGUCUCGGCCGCCCCCUCGGACCCGCGGCUCCGGCAGUUCCUGCAGAAGUCCCUGGCUGCCGCCGCCGGGAAGCAGGAACUGGCCAAGUACUUUUUGGCAGAACUGCUCUCAGAGCCAAGCCAGACAGAAAAUGAAGCUCUGGAGUCGGAGGACUUGUCCCGAGGGGCCGAGCAGGACGAAGUGAGACUGGAGCUGGAGCGCUCGGCCAACUCAAACCCUGCGCUGGCUCCCCGGGAACGCAAAGCGGGCUGCAAGAACUUCUUCUGGAAAACUUUCACAUCCUGUUAGCUUUUGCAACCCACCUGUCCUCCCCAUCCACCCCUGCCUUCUUCCUAUUCCCCCGCCCUGAGCAGAACCUUCACCACGAGAGGCGAAGACUGUAAAUACACGGUCCACGGUUAUGGUGAAAAUAAACACACAAGGAAUAUUUGAGUUUGAUUUCGAGUUGUUUUAAUAAAACUUUCAGUUCCAAUUGUACACAGUUUGCUUGAGUUGUGAUUUCUGACUAGUUCUUUAAUGACAUGCACUCUGCGAUUCUUUCAGAUGUACUAUUUUUAAUUCUUUGUUGCAAUAAAUUUUAUGUUUCGAACAGUGAUGCUGAGACUGGCUGGUCACUCAGAAAAGCUAAGUCCCUUCGCUCAGCCUUCUUGUCUUGGAAACACUGCCUGUCUCAGGGCAAAACCAGUGAGCAGCAGCUCAGUCUGCACACACAAAUGCACGGGCACAAUUUCUCUAAGUGAAAUUUUUUGCUGCGGUCUUUCUGUGGUACCCAGAUAUUCCACAGCAUUUUAGACAUCAGCUCCCUGUAAUUGGGGUUGAGUCAAAUCCACAGCGCUGCUGGUUUGGCUGACCUAGAGGAUUUACACCCAAUAGCACAGUAAAUCACAGCUGCGCAUUUGCAGAGAUGGGAUUGUAAAAGAGGAUCACAGCACAGGCUCACCCAUGCAUACCUUAUUCCCUCCUCACUCACAAACACUGAAAUGUUUUCUUACCUUUAUUCUUUCCACCAUCACCAACAAAAUGCAGCUGAUAUUCCCUUGGAAAGUUCUCCUUUGUUCCACUGCAUCCCCGUAAAGGCGCAAUAUUAAGCCUGCACUAUCAGUAUCU